AUGGCAGAGGAGAUUAUUGCUAAGUGCUCGAAUUUGAGAAUUGAUGAUGAUGAUGUUGGAAUUGUGGACUUAGGGGGUGUGAAAUCGACUGAACAAGCGAACAAUUUUGAUCUUCUUUUGAUUGGGAAGGUCUUAACUGAUCGCCCUUACAACGUGGAGGAUUUUAGGGUAACGAUGAAGAAGAGUUGGGCACUUCAGAAUAACUUGGUGAUUAGGGUGCUUGGACCGAACCUUUACGCGUUUCAAUUCUUCCAUUGGCGUGACAAGGAGAAAGUCUUGAAUGGACGUCCGUGGUGCUUUGACAAUAUGCUUUUAAUUCUAAAAGAGAUUGACGGUAAUGAACAACCAGAACAAAUUCCCUUAACUCAGUCCCCUUUUUGGAUCCGAUUGAAAAAUCUUCCCUACAAUUAUCGUUCAAACAAUGAUGUUAAGGCAUUGGUGGCAAGUCUGGGUGACGUUAUUGAAAUUGAGGACGAUCUGUUGGGGCUCGUCCGUUCUAGGCGAGUAAAAGUGAUGCUAGACGUAACAAAACCUCUCAGGAGAUCUCAGCGAGUCCUAGAUAAACAAGGGAAAGAGGUGAGAAUUGAAUUUGCGUACGAGAGACUUCCUUUUUUCUGUUUUGCGUGUGGAGUAAUGGGACAUGAUGAGAGAGAUUGCAAUGUUGUCUCGGAAGAGAGUAGGGAGCAGAGGCUGGGAUGGGGCAAAUGGCUGCAUGCAUCUCCUCGAAAAGGAAGGAUUCGUGAUAUGGAAGAAAUAGGUGAAAUUGUUGCUGCGAAGAAAAUUUUGUUUGUAACAAAAAAUUCUGAUGAUGAGCCUGUCAGUGAGACUUUGAGUAAGCAGGUGGAGGAGCCUAUUUCGAAGACUUUAAUGGGGACUGAAGGUGUGAACAAUGGGGAGCUAAUAGUGCACACAGCACCUGAUGGGGAUAGGACUGAAGAGCAGGAUAGUACGGUGGUCAAUUUUACUGGAACACCAGGAAGAGAUGAGAGUGGAUCGGGAAGAAAUAAAAAAUGGAAGAAGGUGGAGAGGGCAACAAGGGAAUAUGAUAGUGUGAUGACAGAAGCUCAUAAUACUGUGGAGUUGGGGGAGCGUGCUAGGGAAGGGGGUAAGGUGGAGAAGGCAAUAGCAAAAAAUCAAAAACUGAAGGAGGUUAGUGGUCUCCGAGACCUUAUUCGGAGAGAGGUCCCGUCUGUGAUAUUUUUAUCGGAGACGAAAUUGAGUGCAACAGAGUUUAAUAAGGUUCGAACGAGGAUUGGUGAUUUUGAGGGUCUUGUGGUGGAUUCUAUGGGGAGGUCUGGUGGUCUGGCUAUGUUGUGGCGCAAGGGGAUUGACAUUGUUCUUCGAUCGAUGUCGGUUCACCAUAUUGACGUGGAAGUUAGGGAUGGUUUGAGAGAUAUGGUAUGGAGACUUACGGGUUUCUAUGGUUGGCCGGAGAUUCAAAAUCGUGUUUUGUCAUGGAAGCUGCUUGAGGAUCUUGCAUCUCAAUCACAAUUGACGUGGGUUUGUUUGGGGGACUUCAAUGAAAUUUUAUUUUCGGCAGAAAAAUUGGGGAAAAAUGACAGAGCAGAGUGGCAAAUGGAGAAUUUCCGGAGGGCUUUGGCAGUAUGUAGGCUUCGAGAUGUCCCUUACUCGGGGUAUAAGUAUACAUAUGAUAAUGGUAGAGAAGGGGGUGAAAAUACGCAAUGUCGGCUUGAUAGAGCACUUGUUAUUGAGGAUUGGAUGACUUGCUUCCCGGAUGCUCAUUUAUUUCACCUCGAUAGGGAUUGGUCGGAUCAUGCACCAAUCAAACUUGAGCUUGGUACGAGAAUGAAAGAAAGGCCGAGAGAAAAACCAUUUCGUUUCGAACAGAUAUGGCAAUCUAAUGAAACUUGUGAGAGUGUCAUUGAAAACGCUUGGCUGGGAGGCUUUAAUCUAGAGUCAAAGUUGGAAAUGUGUGCAUCCGACUUGAAAGAGUGGAGUAUGAAGAAGUUUGGGGAGGUGUUCAAAGAGCUAAGCAAAAAAAGGAAGCAACUUAAUAAGCUCAACAAAGGAGGCUUAACUGCUGCCCAAUUAGAGAAGAGGCGUUGGCUUGUGCGUGAUAUCGCAAACCUGGUGCAACACGAAGAAAUUUAUUGGCGGCAAAGGUCUCGGGUUUUACGGUUGGAGUCGGGUGACAAAAAUACCAGAUUUUUCCAUCAAAGGGAAUCAGGUGGAAAAGAUAAAAACACAGUCCGAAAGUUGGUGGAUGAUGAAGGUGUAGCUCAGCUCGGGGAAGAUAAUAUUAGCAAGGUGGCAGUGAGUUAUUUUAAAAAUAUGUUCUCUACCUCUAACCCUCCCCUGAUAAUGCAAGCAGUACAAGAUUUUCAGAGCCGAGUCACAGUUGAUAUGAAUAAGAUUUUACAAGCUGAGUAUACGGAGGACGAGGUAAAAUGUGCUCUUGAUCAGAUGCAUCCAAUUAAAGCCCCGGGGCCUGAUGGGAUGUGCCCGCUGUUCUUGCAAUCUUACUGGAACAUUGUCAGCCCAUCGAUUUCGAGUACUGUAUUGUCCAUCUUAAGAGGUAUGCCUAUGCCUUCGUAUUUGAACAAAACUUUUAUUGCACUUAUUCCUAAGAAGAAGAAUGCGGAGAGUAUGGCGGAUUUUAGGCCGAUUUCCUUGUGCAAUGUGGCUUAUAAACUUGUGUCGAAGGUUGAAGGGAGUAUGGCAAUGAAACUUGAUAUGUCGAAGGCCUAUGAUCGGAUUGAGUGGAGUUUUUUGGAAGUGGUUUUGGAGAGGUUUGGCUUCGAUCAAAGAUGGCGGGAAUGUGUUAUGGAUUGUGUUAAAUUCGUAUCUUUCUUUGUAUUGGUCAAUGGGAAACCGACGGAGGAAUUUAUUCCGAGUAGGGGGAUUCGUAAGGGUGAUCCAAUAUCACCGUACUUAUUUAUUCUAUGUGCGGAGAUUUUUUCUCAUCUGUUGAGACAAGCUGAGGAGAGAGGUAGCUUGAGGGGGGUGAGAAUUGCUCCGUUGGCUCCGUCGAUUAAUCACUUAUUAUUUGCCGAUGAUUGUAUUAUUUUCUCUAGAGCUUCGUUGAUAGAUGUGUCUGCAAUCCAAGAUGUGCUUAGCCUGUAUGAAGGGUCGUCAGGGCAAAAGGGAAAUUUUGAUAAGACAACCGUUUCGUUUAGUAAGGGGGUGGCUCAAGGGAGGUGUGUGGAUUUGGCGAGUAAACUUGGUGUCAAGCUUGUUGAUAUGCAUGACCGGUAUUUGGGUCUUCCAACAGUGGUGGGAAGGUCAAAGAAAGUGAUUACGAAGGGAGUAAAAGAGAAGCUGUGGAAAAAGCUUCAGGGGUGGAAGGGGAUGGUUCUAUCUAAGGCGGGUAGGGAAGUUAUGAUAAAGGCGGUGGCCCAAUAUCUCCCUACUUAUGAGAUGAGUGUGUUUAAGUUUCCAUCCUCUUUUUGUGAUGAGAUUCGUUCGCUAGUAGCACAGUUUUGGUGGGGUCAAAAACAAGGUGAAAGGAAGAUCCACUGGUUAGCAUGGAGGAAAUUAUGUAGGCCAAAGAGUGAAGGCGGGUUAGGCUUUCGUGAUUUUAAAAUGUUCAAUUGGUCCCUUCUUGGAAAGCAAGCAUGGAGAUUGAUUAUGAAGCCAAAUAGCCUACUUGAACAAGUGCUUAAAGGGAAAUAUUAUCCGUCGUCUUCUUUUAUGGAGGCCGAAUUGGGGAAUUGUCCAAGUUAUACUUGGAGAGGGAUUUGGGAGGCAAGAUGGGUAGUGAAGAGGGGUCUUCGCUGGAGAGUGGGUAAUAGAGACUCGAUCCGUGUGUGGGAUGAUCCAUGGAUACCUCACACACAAUCAUUACGGGUGUUGUCUUCGAAGGGGUUGAACAACUCGAAUCUGGUUGUUAGUGAUCUUAUUGACCCUGUGAGAAAGUGUUGGGAUGCAACCACAAUUUCAGCUACUUUUCUGCCGAUUGACCAAGACAGAAUCUUGAGUAUACCCCUGAGUGAUAGGCUGCCAGAAGAUACCCUCUGUUGGGAUUUGGAGAAAGAUGGCACUUAUUCAAAUCGCUCUGCCUAUAGGACUCUUUUUUAUGAUGAAUGGAAGCAAGAAGAGGAGGCUACUUCGUCCCCUAGAGUGAUAUGGAAGAAAAUUUGGAAUACUAAUGUACUGCCAAGAAUAAAAGUGUUUAUGUGGAGAGCGUGUCAAAAUGCUCUUCCCACCCGCAAAGGCAUUGGUUCCCGAAUUUCUGGCUAUGAUACUACAUGCUACGUGUGUCACCAAGAAGUAGAAGAUGUCCUCCACGCUAUCAAGGAGUGUGCGCUUGCUCGUGAUGUGUGGAGGUGCAGCAAUUAUAGGUUUGUGCUUUCCUUAAAAUUUCGAAAUGUUGUGGAUUGGUGGGAGUAUUUGUUGAAGGAAGUGGAUGAGGUUGAUGUGGAGAUUAUGUUUACGAUUUGCUGGGCUAUUUGGGGAGCUCGAAAUUCCUUUGUAAUUGAAGGCACACAACCGGACCCAAUGAGUAUUAUUGCCUAUGCGCUGAAGGUGUGUGGGGAGGUCAGGGACGUGAGAGAUAAUGAGGGAAAAGGGGUAAUAUCGAAGGUUGUGCAACAUGCUGAGAGGUGGAGUAAGCCAAGUGAGGGGUGGGUUAAAAUGAACGUGGAUGCGGGGGUGCUGGGAGAGGCAGGGACUGGACUUGGGGCUAUUGCCAGAGAUAGUAAUGGAGUAGUAUUGUGCGCCGAUGUGCAUCAGUUGGCAAGGGAUAGAGCGAUUAAGAGGGUCGUGUUGGAGAGUGAUAGCCUGCUGGUCGUCCAAGCUUUGCGAGGAGCUAGUGCAGGGCGUAGUACUUUUCACUUGCUUAUAGAGGAUAUUACAAAUGUUGCUGCUAGUUUUGAUGUUGUUAAAUGGUCUUUUGUAAGGCGUAAUGGUAAUCGUGUUGCUCACUAUUUGGCUCAUUUCCAACCCUGGGAUUUGGGACAAAGAAUGUGGGUUGAUCACUUACCACAUGAUGUAAUUGCUCUUGCUGCUGAUGAUAUAAUAUAA